UCGGCAGCGACCGUUACAACUCGGUACGGUUAUCGCGAUCGCAGUGAAGUACGUGAAAGUUUUCUUAUUUUGAAAACGAACAUGAGUUAGUGCACAAAGAGGAUUACUUCACGUUUCGAAUUUUACAGUGCUCGUUUGGAUAAAGUUGAGACUUACUCAGUGGCAGUGUUGAGUGUAUUCGAACCGUUGAAACUUUGUGUAGUGCAUCAAAAGUUGUUAAGAGUUUGAGAAGUUCACGAACAAAGAUGGGCGCGUAGUAUUUGGAUGAUAAUACCUGGCUGAAAUUGAUUAGAAAGUUGCCCGGCUUCGACAUGGGGACCCACCGGCUGCUUUCUCCGUUUACUCUGCUGCUGGUCUGCACAGUGUUCUUCGCGCGAUGUGACGACGAGCAGCACGACGCGCGGGAGGGGGACGACCUGACGCUGCAGUGCCGGUUCGCGCUGGACGCGGGCGCGGGCGAGGCGCUCACCUACUACUGGGUGCGCGUCACCGCCAGCGGACACGAGAACGUCGCCAUCGGGAACAUCCCGCUGGAGAACAACUACCAGAUAACGUACGCGCCGUCGGAGGGUCGCUACGACCUGAUCGUGUCGAACGUGUCGUACGAGCGGGACAACGGGCGCUUCGAGUGCCGGAUCAAGGCGGGCGGGUCGGGGCGGACGCUGCACUCGCAGACCUACAACCUGGUGGUGCUGACGCAGCCGCAGCCGCCCGUCCUCAGCCCCGGCCCCCGCGUCGCCGCCCAGGAGGGCCGCCAGCUCAACCUCACCUGCUCCAGCACCGGCGGCUCGCCCAAUCCCAGCAUCAAGUGGUACCGCGACGGGUCGAUGUACCCGCUGGAGGCGAUAAUGGUGUACGGGCGGACCCGGUCGGAGCCGUCCGUGGCGAUCCUGGCGCUGGAGCCGACCAGGGAGGACGACGGAGCCACCUUCCGCUGCGUCGUCACCAACCGCGCCAUGCCGGAGGGCCAGCAGCUCGAUGCGACCAUGGAGCUCAGUGUUAACUAUUUUCCCCGAAUAGAAAUCGGCCCCGAAAACCCCCUGCGAGUUGAGAUCGACGGCACCGCGACCAUGGAGUGCAAGGUGGACGCCAAGCCCAAGGUCAACUCCGUCAAGUGGACCAGGAACGGCAAAUACAUCUCCAACUCCUUCGUGCACACCGUCCAGGGCGCGACCGUGCAGGACUCCGGCAAGUACACCUGCAGCGCCGACAACGGCCUCGGCCGCCCCGGCGAGAAGGAGAUCUACCUGGACGUCAUGUUCCCGCCCACCGUCACCGUCGAUUCCAAGACCUACGAGGCCGAGGAGGGCGGCACCGUAGAGAUCCGCUGCGACGUCUCCGCCAAUCCCGAGCCCAUCUCCGUCGAGUGGACGAUGGAGGGGCGCACCGACUUCCGCCAGAAGGGGAACACGCUGUUCUUGAGCAAGAUCGAGGCCGACAUGGCCGGCACGUACGUGUGCCGCGCCGUCAACGUGAUCGCCACGAGCGGCGGCGCCCGCGCCGAGCGCGCCAGCAGCGCCUCCGUCGCCGUGCUGGUGCGCCACAAGCCGGGCCGCGCGCACAUCGCGCCCGACCGCCCCGUCGCGCAGGAGGGCGCCGUCGUCACCAUGACGUGCAGCGCCAAGCCGCCCGGCUGGCCCGCGCCGCAGUACCGCUGGUUCCGCGACAUCGACGCCGGCGACACCAAGCCCAACGUGCUCGCGACCGGCAGCAAGUACACGAUCCCGAGCGCGCACCUCGGCAGCGAGGGCGUGUACCACUGCCAGGCGACCAACGAGCUCGGCCACGGCGAGCUGGCCACCGUCAACCUGGAGGUGUACCAGCCGCCGCGCUUCCAGUCGAAGCUGCAGCCGCACGUGAUCAAGAACUCGGGCGAGCGCAACUACUCGCUGUCGUGCGUGGCGCUGGGCAAGCCGAUGCCGAGCGUGCGGUGGUUCAAGGACAACUCGGAGAUCCGGCCGGACGCGAACCUGUACGAGGUGGCGACGGCGGUGAACGAGAGCCGCAACGCCGUGUUCGAUGUGCACAGCACGCUGCGGUUCCGCGGCCGCGCGCGCCCCUCCGGCGACGACCUGCUGCCCGCCGACCGCGGCGUCUACACCUGCGCCUUCGAGAACGAGGUCAAGAAGGUCGAGUCCACCAUGCAGCUGCGCAUCGAGCAUGAGCCGAUAUCGAUAAAACAGCAGAACAAAGUCGCGUACGACAUAAUGGAGAACGCGGAGAUAUCGUGUCGGGUGCAGGCGUACCCGAAGCCCGAGUUCCAAUGGUACUUCGGCACCAACGGCGCGCCGCUCCAGAUGUCAUCCGACGGCCACUACGAGAUCACCACCACCACCGACAACAACGACGUCUACCUCAGCGUGCUGCUCAUCAGGAGCAUCAAGAGCCAGGACUACGGCGACUAUCACUGCAAGGUGAAGAACUCGUUGGGCAGCAUCCGACCACAGAUACGACUGCAGCCGAAGGGCGCGCCGGAGGCCCCGAAGGCUCUAGCCAGUCAGAAGGUGGGGCCGACAUACGUGACCCUGAAAUGGGAGUCGGGAUUCGACGGCGGGUUGUCCAGCACCAAAUACUUCGUGUUGUACCGGCGCGUGCGCAGCCUGGACGGCGAGCGGUGCGUCGCCGACAAGCCCGAGACCUACGACUGGCGGGAGUAUGACUGCCGACGCUCCAACCCCUGCAACGUGACGCGACUGGAGCAACACAACUCCUAUCACUUUAAGGUGAAAGCUGUGAACACGAAGGGGCAGAGCAACUACUCCAACGAGAUCACGGUGACGACGAAGGUGGACAGGAUCGCGGUCCCGGAGGAGGUGACGUACGACCCCAGCAAGAGGAGCAUAUCCUUCCGGGUGGGAGCCACCUGCCUGCCCCUGGUGGGAGUGGUGAAGGGACUCGGCGCUAUGAACAACUGGCAGGUGGUGGAUACGAUGCCGCUCCAGCUGUCUGGCGCGAGCUCGACCGUGCAGGAGAGCGAGCUGGAGCUGCGGUCGGCCGACGGCGGCCCGCGCGUCCGUCUGCAGCUCUGCCUGCAGGACAACCAGGAGGUCUGCAGCGAGGACGUUGACGCUGCCAUCGGCCCAUCGUACACAAAGCAGGAGGCAACCAUCGCGACGGUCACGCUGAUUCUCAUCAUCGUAUCCAGCCUGGUCUUGCUGGCCGUGCUCGGGCUCUUCUGCGUCUACUGCCAACGGAAGAGGAACGACAAGAAACAACGAACCUCCAAGGACUACGAGAUGGACUCCAUCAGACCAGCGAUAGUGCCCCAGAACCAGGCCCCGCCUCCGUACUACCCGUGCUCGGGGAUGGAGAAUAAGGCACUAGAACAUUCCAUGGACCUGCAGCUCGACGACUCCAAGAACGUGUACGCCGCGCAGGGCUACGGCUACCACAUCCCGCAGCCUAGACCAGGACAGAACAUCUCCAACAACGAUUGGGUGAACGGGUACAUAGAGAACAGCUACGGGACCAGCAACAACGGCGGCAGCGUCAACUCCCAGGACUCGCUGUGGCAGAUGAAGGCGGGCGCCGCGCCCCUCCCGCACCAGAUCCUCGACCGCCAGAGCAACUACGGGUACGACCCAAUAGCGCACGGCGGGUACGGCGCGCUGGACGAGUAUGCGGCGUACCCGCACGCGCCGCACGGGCAGCACGCGCCCGAGUACCGCGCCGCGCAGACCCCCUCCCGCCAGGACUACUGCUCCGACCCCUACGCUUCCGUGCACAAGCCCAAGAAGAGGAUCGACCAGCAUAUCGAGUCCCCGUACCACGAGGUGAGCGGUCUACCGGAGCCGUACGGUGGCGGCGGCGAGGCCGAGGCGGAGGGCGCUCCGCCCCCGCACCUGUCGCUCAGCUACGACGAGUCCCUCGAGUCCGGCUACUCCACUCCCAAUUCCCGCGCGCGCCGCGUCAUCCGCGAGAUCAUAGUUUAGGUACCCCAUCACCAGGAGACAGUGUUGACGCAAACACUGCUGCGUCGACGCAAUGCUCUCCGCUCGUCGGUCGUGGCUUUUUCACGUCAAAGUCGUGCCACAAUUUCGUUUUAAAAACGCAGCGAAAAAACGCUUACACCGAACGUAGAACUGUAACGCACACUGUUGACACUGCAUCACAAAUCCCAUCUGUCAAUGUAAAAGUCCCCCGCACGCGGACGCCGUGUGCGGCGCAUUCGCGUGCGCGACGCCCGGUGCGUACGACGAUUGAGUUUUACAUACGUAAGCCCGCUAAGUGAAUUGAAGUCGUGGAAAUGGGUACUCGAUAUGGUAUCGAAUAAGCUGGGUAAAUUUAACGAUCAAUAUGUAUUCAACGAGGCGCGCCUCGAGUUACUGAGCACUUCCACGAAACACUAAGGGUUCUCCUCCACUAGGACAUCACUCGUACAAAAUAUGGAACCGGUGAGUCGCUCUCGUUCGUCAGGUCGGCGCGCGGCGUCCAAAUUGGACGCUUUCCGAUCGGCCACGGGCGCCCGGUGCGGUCCUAGUGGACGAGGACCCUCACAUCGCUCGCCGAGCGCAGGUGCUCCGUUCAAACGAGCUACUUAAUCCACUGCCGUGGACUGUAUUAUAUAGGUGAUAAGUCGCAUUUGUAUUAUAUUAAACGAAUUUACUGAUUGUUGACAAUAUUUGUCCUGAGAUGAUAUUUACGAAGCUUCGCGUAAGGCUUAGGUUGUGAUCGUGACGCCGAUGUCGAUGUUAGGUGGUACGCGGUACCGCGCCGAGCCCGCAGGCGCGCUAGGCGGUAGCACGGGCCUAAAGAAUGUCGCGUGAUUUUUAUCACAAACGUACGUUUUGUACUUUAAAUGUUUUAUUGAAAAAUGGAGCGAGUAAUGUAUGUUUUACUCGACAUUUUUCUAUCGAAAAAUAUCCAUUUCGGAUGUGCUUUCGAAUCCGAAUUCACCAUUUUGUUUGGUCUGAAUCUGAUAUUUUGUUCGUAAUGUUGCUACUAAACGCCAUAUUUUAAACAACGAAAUAUGUUUGCAAUUAGUCUGUAAAAUGUGUGUUGAUUCCGAAUUUAAAUUACUGUAAAUUAUUCCUGGAAUUUAUUUGUAGUAAUAACAUGAAAAGCAGAGCUUCCCAAACUUUUUGAUGAUUGUGGACCAUCAAAAAGUUUGGGAAGCUCCACACUCCCCCUACUAAAUAAUUAUGGUUGUACUUUAAUGCGAAAGGGUUUGGAGAUCCCGAUUUCAAUGAUCGUUUAAUAUAAUCGGCUCGAGAUGAUAUAAAGUCGGAACCGUGAGCCCGCGGCUCGCAGCAAAAAACUCGAAAAGCUUUUACUCUACAUUUCCAUAGAUAAGUGCAUGCACUUCUCGGACGCAGAAAUGGAAUAAAAUUAUAUCGCGUCUAAUAUAUUCCGCGCCAUAAAAAUCACGUAUAAUGUGUAGCGAAAAAAUGUGAGUUAUGUCCGCCCGUGGUAUCCCUUCCCGUUUAUUCCGGGUCCUACUUACAAUUUACAAAUUUACAAUAUUGUUUACGGCGUUCACGUAACUAAAGUUUAGGUCCGUCGUGACUCGUGACAUUACACGAAUAAUGAAACCUAAAAAAUAAGUCUAGGUCUUUUCAUAAACUUUUACAAGUACGAGGUUUUACAGUCGCGACGAUAUAAACGCGUUUAUGAUGUAGGCUGCGAACAGUAUUUGUAGCUUCAAUAAAAAUGUCCAUCAAAAGAGCGAAGUGUUGUCGCCCACUUUAUAUUUCCCGCCCUAUAAAAACUGUUCGCGGCCACUCGCGAGGAACCUUAAUAUUUAUUUUCAAGUUGUUUAAUAAUUAAUUACGGCCCUGUUUUUAAUUAAAACUGUAAAGUGACUGAUUAGAUGAAAAGCUUUUCACGGAAAUUAUGGAGCAUCUCGAGUAAUUUCUUAUUUAUAUUCAUGAACAUUUUCUCUAAACUAUGUUGUAUAAAAUAAGUAUAAUGCAACUAAACGUUUAUUCCAUUGUACGCAAGGUCCUUCAGGGAAAUGUUUAUAAAAUAUCCCUGCACUCAUUCUGUUUAAAACUAAUUACUAUAUUUCACUUUAGUUAAGGAGCUAAAAGUUCUUUAGUAACAUAGUUAAUAUUACUGCUAUAAGUCAUUUCAUAUUUUCCUUAAACAUACUUUUCUUCUAAUCACUUACUUUUUACUGAAAAAAACUAGGUUAAUAACUUGAUCUCCGUUUCGAAUAAAAUUCUAGAUACGAAAAGCAGGUAUCGCCGUAUAAAUCGGUUAUCGUCGUGAAAAAUCACCGGUUAAUGCGUCGUUACCCGACCGGAGAGUACGUGCGCGGUGCGAUACUUACCUGCACCAGAUAAACUCCCAGAUACACAUAAUCUGCUUUAUGUAUGUUUUAUUACCCUAAAAACUAACUAAUUGAAAUGCACAGCAUAACGUAGCAUACAACGAAACAAAUAAGUUUUCAAAAAAUGUUUUCUCUUUAUGAUUCAUUUGUUAUACCGAAGUAAUUAGCUAGUUUUUACUUCACAUCGUUGUGAAAUAGUAUUUUGUAUGGUAUAAAUGAGUUUUUACAUUAGCGAGCGCCGGUUUUGUGGGGAUCCGCACGAGACGCGCAACAGAAAACGUUCAUUAAUCGAAUGUGCUCUCGUCAUGUAAUUUUAUAAAGUGCAUUCCCGUCCAUUGUGAGACGACAGGGCGGAUCGCAUUGUCUCCGCGCCGUAUAUAUUGUUCUGAAGGAAUAAUAAACGGGGUGCGACUCUACCAGGACCUCGGAAGACGGCCAUUACAUUAGGAGAUAGCCUCGUGUCACACCACGCUUCUAGUUGUGCUUCUGGGUAGCGGAUAGUUCGUAUUAAAACGUCUUAAGAUGGCUUCUCACUGUUGCACGAGCCACGAGCUGGCGCGGCGUGGCUCGAUCGUGAUAUUACGCGCCGUGAGAAGCCAGCAUUUAGAUAGCAGAUAGCAGUCCGUAUUCGGCUUAGGAUCACUAGAGCACUCAUAAUUUCAAUGGAAGUCUAUUUCAGGAAGGAAGGAAAAGUUUAAGAAACAUUCGCGGAAUGCUCACUUGUUCCAUAAACUUGUAGUUCUCAAAGACCCCUCUAGUCGGAGCCAGAAUUUCCAAGA